AUGCAUAAAGACAAAUCAAGCACCCAGCUUGACCAAGACCCCGAAAAGAAUGCAAAGAGCCCACCCCAACCCGAGCAUUAUGGCGUCAGCAUGCAGCAGCGGACCAUCUCCUUCGGGCCUAAUGAGCGACGUGGACGGAGAGGAUCCGAGCAUCGACGAUCUAUCUCGCGCUCGCGUUCUCGGAGCCGUGCUCAAUCCAUUUCCAGCAUUCCAAUCGAGUUCCGUAGGAUCAGUUUUCAAAUCGCCGAUUCUGAGACUCGCGAGAAAUAUGAGGUGGACCUGAAAGAUUCCAAAAGCAAGAGGGGGGAGACGCCCGAUGAUUCGCGAUAUUUUGAUAGUCUUCAGUUUCAUCACCAGUCCGUGGACGUCCUCUAUCGGCAUUUCAACAGCACCAUUGAUGGACUGUCUUCUGCGGAAGCCGCUUCCCGACUGGCUCGCAAUGGCAAAAACGAACUGCCACACGUUCCAACGAACUACCUUAAGAGACUAUUAAAAUAUGUUUUCGGUGGAUUCUGCUCGAUUCUCUGGAUUGGUGUGAUAAUCUUCUUUAUCUGCUGGCGCCCUCUCGGCGAUCCCGAUCCAGCACCCUACAACCUGGGCCUUGCUAUCCUGGUCUUGAUUGUGAUUUUCUUGCAGGCCUCGUUCUCGGCGUUUCAGGAUUGGUCCACUGCUCGCACGAUGAAGUCCAUUCUGGACUUGGUUCCGACAGAUGCAAUGGUAGUUCGAUCUGGCGAGACUACUACAAUUUCCGCCGCCGAUGUAGUUGUGGGAGAUAUUGUCAAAAUCAGUGUGGGGAACAAGGUGCCAGCGGAUCUUCGCCUUCUCACUACAUCUGGAGAUACCCGUUUUGACCGUUCUAUGUUGACUGGAGAGUCUGAAGACGUUGAUGGUGCCACCGAGAUGACAGAGAGCAAUUUCCUAGAGACCCGUAAUGUUGCAUUGAUGGGAACCAUGGUUACCAAUGGAAGCGCCACGGGAAUUGUGGUCCUGACUGGAGAGCAUACGGUUAUGGGACAUAUCACAGUGUCGUCUACUUCGGUCAAGGAGCAGCCAACACUCAUUCAACGUGAGAUUACUCGAUUCGUCAGAAUCAUUGUUGUUUUGACAGUGUUUCUGGCUCUCCUGAUCCUUCUCACCUGGGUUGGCUGGCUCCGGGUUAAACACUUCCAGUAUAUGAAUGUCAUUGCCAUGCUUGACGACGUGAUGGGUUGUGUCGUGGCAUUUAUCCCCGAGGGAAUGCCUGUGGGGGUUGCCCUCACUCUCAUGCUCGUGGCCACGCGCAUGAAGAACAAUAAUAUACUCCCCAAAGGUCUUUCUACGGUCGAAACCCUCGGAUGUGUGAAUGUCAUUUGCUCUGAUAAGACGGGUACGCUGACCCAAAACAAGAUGAGUGUCGUGACAGCCACAUUUGUGGAUCAAGUCAUGUCGGCCGAGAAGGCCAUUUCAGCUGUCAAAGAAGGAAGCUUGAGGCCCAUUAUGGAUCUUCACAAAGCUGCAGCUUUGUGCAACGACGCCACGUUCGAUGCCGCGACUAUCAACUAUCCCGUUUCAGAGAGAAAGGUUCUCGGUAACCCCACCGAUGGCGCUGUGCUCAGAUUUGUUGAAGAAGCACAUCAAGGCGCCAUAAAAGAGCUGAAUGAAAGAUACCAGCGGGUUUUCGCCAUUCCGUUCAAUUCCAAGAAUAAAUGGAUGCUCACCCUACACAAGUCUGAGAUAUCUGAGCCAGGGAAAAACAGCUAUCUCCUCUUAAUGAAAGGUGCCUCAGAUAUUCUGUUGCCGCAUUGCAAUUUUUACUGGUCCUGCGUUACCAAUACUGUCCGAACACUCGACGAUUCAGCCAAACAACAGCUUGCUGCUGCUCAAGAACAGAUGUCUCGCAAAUCUCAACGGGUCAUUCUCCUCUGCCAGCGCCCCUACAGCCCUACUCAGGCUUUGGGAACAAAUGCUUUUGGUGAUGAGAUCCACGCUUCUGGAAUUGCUGAUCUGACUCUGAUUGGUAUGUUCGGUAUCGUUGAUCCCCCUCGCCCGGAGGCUGCCGCAACCGUGGCAUCUUGUCGUCGCGCUGGAGCUCGUUUCUUCAUGGUUACGGGUGAUCUUGGUCUUACUGGGGCCGCUAUUGCCCGUGAAAUUGGUAUUUUCAGUGGCACAGCCGAGCCUGAUACCUUUGAGACCAUCGUGCAAAGGCGGAGUGAUUGCAAUUCUUCCUCUUCCCAAUCGUCGAAGGAGCCUGAUUCGAGAUGGCCAGAGACCAGCCUGCUUCUUGAAGGCCCUUCUAUAUCACAGCUCACAGACAAGGAUUGGGAUUUGGUUUGCCAAUAUGACGAAAUUGUAUUUGGCCGCACCAUGCCAGACCAGAAGCUUCGCAUCGUCAACGAGUUCCGAGCACGCGAUAAUGUCGUUGCGGUGACUGGAGACGGAGUGAAUGAUGCGCCCGCAAUGCGGGCUGCUGACGUUGGCGUGGCUGUGAUUACUGGCAGUGAUGUGGCUCUUGAAGCUGCGGAUUUAAUCUUGAUGGAUAAAUUCGACUCGAUUAUUGAAGCAAUCCGCCUCGGACGUCUGGUCUUCCAAAAUCUGCAGAAGGUUAUCAGCUACCUUCUUCCUGCGGGUUCGUGGUCCGAGAUUUGGCCGGUGAUUCUGAACGUUUUUUUUGGUGUCCCUCUCCCUCUGUCAUCCUUCCUGAUGAUCAUAAUUUGUGUUUUCACCGAUUUGUUAUGCUCGCUGUCCUUAAUUAUGGAACAGCAGGAGUUUGACUUGCUUGAUCUGCCACCUCGCAAUCACAAAAAGGACCAUUUGAUCAAUUUGAAGGUCUACAUCCAAAGUUAUCUUUUCAUUGGCGUCUUGGAAACCAUCUGUGCGCAUGCUAUGUUUUUUUACUAUUACUGGAAGCAUGCCGGUAUUCCUGCCGGUGCACUUUUCUUCGCCUUCGAGAAGUACGCGGAUGGAUUUUACGGCUACACAGAUGCCGAGUUGACCCAAUUCAACGUUGUUGGCCAGAGUGUUUACUUUAUUGCCCUUCUCAUAAUGCAGUGGGGUAAUAUUCUCAGUGUCCGCAACAAGCGACUUUCCAUUCUACAGGCCGAUCCUAUUCGCAAACAACGCCGCAACCCGUGGCUGAUUGCGAGCAUGGUUGUCAGUCUAUCCAUUGCCAUCUUUGUCACGGAGGAGCCGGGCCUUCAGCAAAUCUUUGGCACUGGCUCUGCACCUCUCGAGUUUUGGUUCUUACCUAUUCCCCUUGCAUUGGGAAUACUGUUGAUGGAUGAACUUCGCAAACUGUCAGUGCGGGUCUGGCCAAAGGGGAUUACGGCACGCAUUGCGUGGUAA